AGUGGAAACCAUGGCUGACUCAACUCGCGUCAGCGAGAAGGAAAUCGAGCGCCGCGAGACCUUUAUUCGCGCAGGACACAGAGCUCGUCACCUGGCCGAUCCAUUCACAUGGAGCUACCCAUUGAAGGGUGCCAGUGCAAUGCUCGGAAUCUCGCUGGCUUCGGUUUAUUUGCAAAAUCGAUGGAACAAGAAGCCGUACUACUACGCAAUUGUUCCACGGCUUUUGCUCAUCGGAGCCGCCACCGCCGCCGGAUACGCUGCCGGAGCACUUCGAGAGAGACACUAUCAGACGAGAGACGCAGUCAUCGAGCACUACAUGAAGCUUCAUCCAGAGGAUUUCGACCAUUUUAAUGAUCGCAGUGGACGUUCAUUCUCUCAAGUUCUUCUUCCAUGGUAUCCACGCAGAACCCAGUACACCAGAUACGACUGAACAAUUCUCUCGAAGUCUCUUUUUAGUUCAUUAUUGUAAAUUAAAUGAAGAAUUAUUGAUUUUUU